GUGGAAGUGCUGCAGUCGGAAUUUCUGAGCCCGGAGGGGCGGGUUUCGCCGACGCCGAUCAGAUUCCGAAGACCUGCAGGAGGAUACGACUCACUUUUUUUGUUGCCGCUUGCGUCUUAGACACCGAAAGUUUGCUUCCUUGCUGCCUUCUUCUUUCUUUCCCUGUACAUAUUUACCCGGCUGUGGGUGCUCUAUCGCUCUCUGGGAAACGUAACGACCGCUUCUUUACACCAAGAUGAACGACGUUGACGAGAUCGACCUCUACGAGGUCCUCGGCAUAACAAGUGGCGCCAGUAAAGCAGAAAUCAAGAAAGCCUACCACAAGGCAGCAUUAGCACAUCACCCGGACAAGGUCGUAGAAGAAGAACGCGUCGAAGCCGAAGUGCGAUUCAAAGCCGCGAAGCAAGCCUACGAAAUCCUCUACGAUGACGAGAAGCGCCACCUCUAUGAUACCCACGGCAUGGCCGCAUUUGAUCCGAGCAGAGGAGGAGGCAUGGGCGGUGCGGGCCCGGACAUGGACGACAUUUUCGCUCAGAUGUUUGGGGGCAUGGGGGGCAUGGGGUUUGGCGGUAUGCCUGGUAUGGGCGGUAUGCCAGGUGGUCCGCGCCGGAACGUGCCGAGGAAGGGCAGGAGCGUGGAGCAGGAGUAUGAGGUUUCGCUGGAGGAGCUGUACAAGGGCAAGACGACCAAGUUCGCGAAUACGAAGAACGUCGUCUGUAAGACAUGCGAGGGCAGUGGUGGCAAGCCAGGCGCGAAGCCGCAUGCGUGCGGCGUCUGCAACGGCCAAGGUAUGAAGGCUGUGCUUCGACAAGUAGGCCCUGGUCUUGUCACUCAAGAGACGGUGGUCUGCAGUACAUGCUCUGGGUCCGGCAAGCUGUUCAAGGAGAAAGAGCGCUGUAAGAAAUGCAAAGGGAAGAAGGUUGUGGAAAGCAAAAACGUCUUGGAACUCUACAUCCCGCGCGGUGCUAAAGAGGGAGAUAGGAUAGUGCUCGCGGGUGAGGCCGACCAGCUUCCCGAUCAGGAGCCCGGAGACAUCAUCUUCACCCUAGUUGAGACACCGCACGACGUUUUUGACCGAGCCGGGUCGGAUCUCAAGGCAACGUUGAAGAUCAGCCUUGCGGAGGCGCUCACAGGUUUCAACCGUGUAGUGUUGACGCAUUUGGACGGCCGAGGCAUUCAACUCAACAUCAAACAACCGAACGGGAAGGUAUUAAGGCCCGGGCAAGUUCUCAAGGUGCCGGGUGAGGGUAUGCCUGUGAAGAGGAGCGACGCCAAAGGUGACCUAUACCUCACCGUGGAGGUUGAAUUCCCCGAGGAUGGCUGGCUCAAGAGCGAGGAGGCAGUCAAUAAGGUACGGAACGUCCUUCCCGCUACGAAGGCCGAAGUGGGCAACCCUGAAGAGGUUGAGGAAGUCGAACUGGAGUUCGAUGCCGACCUGGAUGAGUUUGGUGCUGGAAGCGAUGAUCCUCGUGCUGGAAACCAAUGGCAGGACGAUGAUGAUGAUGAGGGCGGCCCUCAGUGCGCUACACAGUAGGUGGCGCCUACGACGUCACGAAUUUCUCUGCAUAUUUUUGGCGUUUGUGGUUUUUCCAGCAGAUACCGUGGGAGGUUUGCAUAGAGGGGCACUGGAACUAUCUAGGUGGUGGAGAUAGGUCGGCCUACCGUUUGCUGUUUAAGGCUUGGAAUCAAUGGACAGUUAGAUGCGUUCAUUUUCAUGGCUGAAAUCGAGUUAACUUUGUCAUUCACG